AUGGAGGAGUCAGCCACAACCUUCGCCUUAAACGUCCAGCAGGUAGCGCUACUGGGGAUCAACAAACUUGUUGUCUUCGCUAAGAGUUACCAGCUGAAUCAUUGCAAAGAAGGAAGACAUCAGGCUUGUAUUCGAGGCCUAUGGACCGUGCUGAAAGACAGAGGCUAUGCGGCUCAAAAUGCAAUAUCCAAUCUGACACAUAAAGCCGGCGGUAGGAAUAUACUCGGCUUUCUAGUGGUAAUCGACGAUAAAAAGUACAAAUUGUCCGUAAACGAGAUUGUUUACAAGGAUGGAUGGCAGAUUGUCGGUUUGUACAAUCUUUUGGAAUUGGUCAAAAAUCUGGAAUUCCAGUACCAAUUAUUCAAAUGGGCUAGAUUACCUGGAAAGUAUGCCCUUCAAAUGCCAUUACAAAUCACUGAUUUGAUCGAACUCAUUGGGAAGUACUCCGAUGAUCCCUCAGGAGAGGUUUUCGAACCCGCCAAAAGACAGUUUUUAGGACUAAAGGAGUAUCAAGAUUUAAUGGAAGGAAAAGAUUCGAUGGACCUUCUCACCGUUAGAGGAUCUGCCUCUGUAUAUUCACCUUCCUGUCAAUCUUCAGCUCUCAGCGCUUCUUCGAAGACACUGUCUUGCUCGGACUCGGAUACUUCCAGUGAGGAGGCGGCAUCCGAACAGGUGGGAAAGGACAGUACUCCGUAUUCCGAAACUUCACCGAGUAUUUCGUUCCCAUCACUCUCCAUGGAUCUCUCUAUCACCGGAGAGGCGACUCCCAUUAUCCCCCUCUCGCCCCGACAACCCUCACGAUGCUCCAUGUCGCCCUUCCCGCUACCUGACGGGAACGGCGAUCCAGUAGAUGAAGUUGAAGAAUCAAGUGGUUUUGUCGCUAGUGCUUUACCUUGGAAUUUGGCUUCUGCCACUCCAAACUCUCAACAAAGAAGAUCUCACAGUGAUACAAGUGCACCGCUUUCGACCGGCCGAAAGAGGUCAAAGAGAGCUGGAGCUACACGCAAGUCAGUACUGGGGAUCAAUCGAAAUGGCAAGAUCAAGUUGGUCAACGGGUUAGAUAUACUUGUUAGACGAGCUGUUCGCCUCGGAAAGAAGAAGGUGGUAUAUGAAGGGCAAGUGUACAAUAUCUCUAAGAUUGCUGGAUGA